AUGCAGCUGUAUCGCCUCGGUCUGCUGGUCGCUUCCUUUGUUGUCUCUAUUGGGGCACAGUCGACUUUCUCCCCUGCCCGUCCCCCAGCCAUACCCCUCGCUGUCAGGUCACCGUACCUGAGCACUUGGCUUAACGUAGGAAGUGAUGGUGGUAAUGGCGGGUACUUGGCUGGUCAAUGGCCUGUCUUUUGGCAGAACCAGGUCAAUGGGUGGGCAGGUUUAAUCCGCGUCGAUGGGAAUACCUAUACUUGGAUGGGCCUCCCUGGAUCCAAAACUGUCAAUCAGACGUCGUUUGAGUAUACUUCGACCAAGAGUAUCUUCACUAUGAACGUGGAGAAUAAGGUUGAAAUGAAGAUUACUUUCUUGUCGCCUGUUACACCAAGCGAUCUCAAGCGCCAGUCCCUCGUUUUCUCUUACCUUAAUGUCGAGGUCUCUUCUCUUGAUGGUCAGAAGCAUGAUGUGAAAAUUUAUACGGAUAUCUCUGCAGAAUGGGCAUCGGGCGACAGAAAUGCCAUCGCAGAAUGGGAGUAUGGUACCACUGACGGCGUGGCCUACCACAAAGUACACCGACAGACUCAACUGGCCUUUUCUGAAAAGAAUGAGCAAGCCGAAUGGGGUAACUGGUACUGGGCCACCGACGACUCGAAAGGGAUGACUUACCAGUCCGGCGUGGAUAUCGAUGUCCGUGGUCAGUUUGCGCAAAAUGGAAAACUCACCAAUGGCCGCGACACCAACUUCCGGGCUAUCUCCUCUGGCUGGCCCGUCUUUGGGUUCUCAUCCGAUCUGGGCUCGGUCGGCUCUUCGCCCGUCAGUACACUUUUCUCACUCGGUCUGACACAAGAUCAAGCCAUUCAGUACGAAGGUGCUUCCGGAUAUGGUCCGGUACCGUCCUUGUGGAAGAGUUAUUUCGAUACAGAGUUAGCCGCUCUUUCAUUCUUCCACCAUGAUUAUCGCGAAUCGAGCAAUCUCGCGAGCUCUUUUGAUAGUAGGGUAGCCAAGGAUUCCAUUGACACAGCUGGCCAAGACUAUCUCACUAUUACUUCGCUGUCGGUUCGACAGGCAUUUGGUGCUACCCAGCUUUGUGGUACACAGGACAAAAUGUAUCUGUUCCUGAAGGAAAUCUCUUCCGACGGAAAUAUGAACACUGUGGAUGUUGUCUUCCCAGCCUACCCGAUUUUCUUAUACACCAACCCCGAAUUUCUGAAGCUCGUCCUCAAUCCUCUAUUUGAGAACCAGGAGGCUGGAAAGUACCCAAACAGCUAUUCCAUGCACGAUCUAGGCUCGGCUUACCCGAAUGCCACGGGUCACUCUGACGGACGCGACGAGAAAAUGCCAUUGGAAGAGUGCGGAAAUAUGCUCAUCAUGUCCUUGGCUUAUGCGCAGAAGUCGGGUGACAUCGACUUUUUGAAGAAACACUACCCUCUGCUCAAGCAGUGGACCAGUUAUUUGAUCGAGGACUCGCUUUACCCUGCAAACCAGAUCUCCACAGACGACUUUGCCGGAUCUCUAGCCAACCAAACCAACCUCGCACUCAAGGGCAUGAUCGGUAUUGAGGCCAUGUCAGUGAUUGCCAAACAGACUGGUCACAAUGCUGAUGCUGCCAAUUACUCGAGCAUCGCCAGAGACUACAUCACUCAGUGGCAGGACCUGGCUAUUGCCAAGAAUGCUAACCCGCCCCGAACGACCUUGUCGUACGGCAACACCGCUAGCCAUGGUCUGCUCUACAACCUCUUCGCCGAUGCCCAGCUGGGCCUAAAUCUUGUGCCAAACUCUGUCUAUCAGAUGCAGAGCGAUUUCUACCCGACUGUUGAAAACAAGUACGGUGUGCCUUUAGACACCCGCCACACAUACACCAAAGGUGACUGGGAGUGCUUUGCAGCUGCGAUCAGUUCAGUCGAGACCCGGGCUAUGUUUAUCAAGGACCUCGCGACCUGGAUCAACGAGACACCGACCAACCGACCCCUGACCGACCUGUACGAAACUAUUUCAGGAGAUUACCCUGGUAAUCAUUUCGUCGCUCGCCCUGUCAUGGGAGGUUCCUUCGCUCCUCUCCUCGUCCGCUAG